AUGUGCAGCAGGCUGCUCCCCGCCCCCCAGAGUGGGCAGCCUCAGAGGGCCCACGGGCAGUGGUUGGGCGCCGUCCACUCCGACAGCCCUGCGGACAACAGAAUGAAACAGUGCGCGCUGCCCAUCCUGCUGACCUCUGCGUCCUCGGUGGCAGCCGCCGGGCCCCCGAAGACGCUGCGCGCUUCGAGCCUACAGGCCACUUCCCCGCUGCCCUCCCCGCCUCGGGAGUCACAGGAAGUUGCUGACGGGUCCGAGGGGACUAAGUGCAUUAGUGGGAAGGUGGCCUCUGGCCGCUUCGUCAGCACAUCUGAGGCUUUGGGCCGAGUAAUCCUUUGGCGUCUGCCCCAGCAGCUGGUGGUCACAGAUCGGCGAGGUGCCCCUGCCCCCUCCCCCUGCCAUGGUGUGGGCUUCGCCAUCCUCUUCCCCAGGAAGGCUCCCAGCCGGCCGGCCGACCCAGAAGGAGCGGGGCCGAGGGCGCAGAGGGAAUCCAUCCGCAGGGAUGCAAAGAGGCGACAAAGUCAAAAUAAACAGUCAGGAAAGCAGGAUCAGGCGGACACUGCCGGUGUCUUGUGGAGUAGGGCAGCUGGGCAGCUGUUAGACGGGCCUGGAGGAGGCUCCCAAGUUCAGACAGAGAGUGGACCGCAGACAGAGGGAGAGGCGAGAAAUAGAGAGGUGGUGGCCUCGGCCAGGGAGAAGGACAAGUGGAGGCAGGAGAGAAGACACCGGGAGAGGGCAGCGGAGGCUCGCUGGUUCGGCCAACUAGGAGGAAGUCAGAGGCUGCCUGGGACCGUCCCAGGCCGGCGAGGCAGCUCCGGAGUCCAGCAUGGCUGCCUGUGCGCCUGCAGUGCUCGCUGCCUCCAGGAAGGAGCCCCCAGGCAGCUGGGGCCUGGGGGAGGAUCUGACAGACAGCGUGGGGGCAAAGCGGGGCAGGGAGUGGCCCUGAACAUUGGCCGUGGGUGGAGGAGGGACAGAGGCGGCAGCUGGGACGGGCGGCUGGGGGUGGGGAGGGCCGCAUGGACCCUGGCAGCCCAGGCGGGCCCUGCCUCCGCAGGCGCGGGCUCGGCGCUCCAGUGCCGCGUGUGCGGGGACAGCAGCAGCGGGAAGCACUACGGUAUCUACGCCUGCAACGGCUGCAGCGGCUUCUUCAAGCGCAGCGUCCGCCGGAGGCUCAUCUACAGGUGGGCGCGGGGCGGGCGCCGGCCUGCGGAAGCCGCCCUGGGGUCUUGGCCCCGGGGGCUCCUGCGACGGGUGGAGACCGGGGGUCUCCGACCAGUGAUCCAGCGCUGGGCGGGGCUCCCCAUCUUCUGCAGAUGCCAAGUGGGUGCGGGGAUGUGCCCGGUGGACAAGGCCCACCGCAACCAGUGCCAGGCCUGCCGUCUGAAGAAGUGCUUGCAGGCGGGCAUGAACCAGGACGCCGUCCAGAAUGAGCGCCAGCCCCGGAGCACCGCCCAAGUCCGCUUGGAACCCGAUGCCGAGGCCCAGCCUGGGUCCCCGGCGCUCCGGCCACCCCCAGUGGGGCCCAGCCCACGGGGCCCCACCCCUGUGUCGACAGCCCGAGCCCUGAGACCCGGGGUCCCCACACCACCUGGGCCCCACCACUUCAUGGCCAGCCUCAUCACCGCGGAAACGUGCGCCAAGCUGGAGCCCGAGGACGCCGAAGAGCACAUUGAUGUCACCAGCAACGAGCCUGCGCUCCCCUUGUCCCCUUACUCGUCCCCUCCCUGCAGCAUCCACGAGACUUCGGCCCGCCUACUCUUCAUGGCCGUCAAGUGGGCCAAGAACCUGCCCGUGUUCUCCAACCUGCCCUUCCGAGACCAGGUGAUCCUGCUGGAGGAGGCAUGGAGCGAGCUCUUCCUUCUUGGGGCUAUACAGUGGUCCCUGCCUCUGGACAGCUGCCCCCUGCUGGCCCCGCCUGAGGCCCCUGCCGCCGGCAGCUCUCCCGGCCAGCUCAAGCUGGCCAGCCUGGAGACGCACAGCCUGCAGGAAACCAUCUCACGGUUCCGGGCACUGGCGGUGGACCCCACAGAAUUUGCCUGCAUGAAGGCUCUGGUCCUCUUCAAGCCAGAAACGCGGGGCCUGAAGGACCCUGAGCACGUGGAGGCCUUGCAGGACCAGUCCCAAGUGAUGCUGAGCCAGCACAGCAAGGCCCAUCACCCCAGCCAGCCUGUGAGGUUUGGGAAGCUGCUCCUGCUCCUCCCGUCCUUGAGGUUCAUCACCCCCGAGCGCAUCGAGCUCCUCUUUUUCCGCAGAACCAUAGGGAACACACCCAUGGAGAAGCUCCUGUGCGACAUGUUCAAGAGCUAACCUCUGGACUUCCGACGGAGGGGAAGUUUGUCCCACCCUCCGCCCGCCAGACACUUGCUACUGUCUGACCCAGCGAUUCUACUUGUGGGGGGGAACCAGCAGAAAUGUCCACCCACAGAAUGUUCCGGCAGCUUUAUUUCUAUUAGCCCCCAAACUGUACCCCAACCACAGACUGAGGGAAGGUUAAUAAACUCUCGAGAUA